GCAAGUCCUGGAGCUGAAUUUUGCAAGCAGUUCUGAGCACUGAUAGGGUUUUCUCCGAAUCCUACUUCCUGAAACCAAAGCUGGGGAGGAGAAACUGUUUCCAGAAAGACUGUAGUGGAAUUUACUACUUUCAGAGUCAGAUCUGCUGAUUUUAAAGUGUUUCUACUCGUUUUCGGGAUAACAGAUUUGUAACCAGUUUCAUCCUGACCAGAUCCCCUACAUAGUUACAAUGGCUGAUCUACUUAAUGACCCACCACAAUGAAUCAAACAAUGCCAGAAGACUUCUCAGCUGAAGAGGACACUUCUACCACAUCCCUCGGCUCCCACUGCUCUCCUCCCUGUUUCUAAACCUAAGAGAUUGUACCCUGUUCUCCAGGGGGAUGGGGAUCCCCUAGAUCCCCCUCCAUAUGUUCUCCAGGUUCCAUGACCUCCACCAUGAGCAGAUUCUGCUGAUGACAAUUCCCCUCCAGAUGGUGAUAUGCAAAGCCCACCCCACACCCGGACCGGGACAAGAUAUGGAGGCUCUCACUCUCCAGUUGGGGCCUCCACAUUCCAGGCUCCACCUGCCCUUUUACCUCUGCGGGAGAUUACCCUGGCACGUGGAAACAAUGGGGAGGAAGGCCAGUCUGUGUCUGUUUAUGCACCUUUUUUCACUACCAGUCUUUAUAACUAGAAGUCUCAGAACCCUCCCUUUUUGGAGGAACCCUCCAAACUCACUGAUUUGUUCAGUUCCAUUUUUAUAACUCAUCUUCCUACUUGGGAUGAUUGUCAUCAGCUCCUGCAGAUACUCUUCACCUCUGAGGAACAAACCAGGAUUCUGCGAGAGGCUACCCAUUCUGUCCUGGGGGCAGAUGGCCUCCCAUCACAGGACCAGGGGAUUAUUGAGACACUCUUUCCAUCUGCCUGACCACAGUGAAACCCCAGCACCACUGAGGAGCAGGAUCACCUUGCCAGGUACUGCCAGACUCUUGCAGGGACUGAGAGCAGCAGCCCAGAAACCCACAAAUUUAUCUAAGGUCAGCCAAACUGUAUAGGAGCCAGGUGAGUCUCCAGCUGCCUUUCUUGAAAGGCUUUACCAAGCCUACUGCCUCUAUACCCUUAUUGACCCCAAGGCAUCUGAGAACCGAAGGAUCUUAAAUAUUGCCUUCGUUUCUCAGUCAUUAAGAAAAAUAACAAAGAAAUUAGAAGGCUUCGAAGGAAAAUUAAUAUCUGAGUUAAUUGAGAUAGCCCAAAUAGUCUAUAUUAACCAGGACUCCCUCACUCAGGAGCAAGGAAAAGAAAUGGGAAAAGUGUUAGUGGCCUCUUUAGGAAGGGAUAUUAGGUGGCCUCAGAGGGACACGAGAGAUCCCUGUAAGCCUCCAAGGCGAUGGGUCAGAAAAGCCCAGGCUCAGAAGAAACCAGUGUGCUUACUGUAAGGAAGAAGGCCCCUGGAAGAGUGAAUGCCCUAACCGCAAGGGAAAAGAGACUGCCCUGACUGUUAAGGAGGCAUGACAUGGCCUUGAUUUUUCCCUUAAUCCCCAGGAACCAAGGGUCACUUUACAGGUAAAGGGGAAGCCUACCAGAUUCAUGGUAGACACUGGGGCUGCCAUUUCAGUGCUAAAAGAGCCCUUAGGUACUCCUAAGGAUAUAAAGUUGAUUAUUCAAGGAGCCACUGGAAAAUACCAGUCUUAUUCCCAAACUAAAGAUCAAAUAACAGAUCUAGCCAAAGGAACUGUGACUCAUUCCUUUCUCCUGAUACCAGACUGCCCCUACCUCUUGUUGGGGAGAGACCUCUUCCCUACUCUAAAGGCCAAUAUAGCCUCUACUGGGGACUCAGUGGGUUUAACCAUUCAAACCCCCACUGUCCUUGUUACCUGCCCUUUGUCAGAGGAAUAUCUUCUGCAUCAGGACCCCCAUGGAAGAAACAGCAAUGGACUCCAUCAGCCUUAUUAGAAAUAUGGAAGACCAAAAUUCCUCAUGUAUGGGCAGAGAUUAACCCCCAGGAUUGGAAAAACAUCAGCCACCUCUAGUAAUUCAGCUGCCCCAAGCAGCUCCCAUCAGCCUCCAAGCCAGACUAGGAAUUGCCAAACAUGUUAACAGGCUUCAAGAAGCAGGGAUUCUCAUCCCCUGCCACUCCCCAUGGAACACACUGCUCCUGCCAGUACCUAAACCUGGGACUAAUGAGCUCAGGCCUGUCCAGGACCUGAGAGAGGUCAACAAGCAGGUUGAGGUUAUCCAUCCUACUAUGCCUAAUCCUUAUACCCUCCUCAGUGAUUUAGGGCCUGAGAGACAAACCGACUCUGUGUUUGACUUGAAGGAUACCUUCUUCUCUUUGCCAAUCACAGUGAUUAGCCAGCCCAUCUUUGCUUUUGAGUGGGCUGACCCUGAUGGGUCCUACAGCAGACAGCUUACCUGGAUGUGGCUUUCCCCACACUAUUUGAUGAGGCUUUGAGAUGAGACCUAGCCAGCUACAAAGAAGCCCAUCCAGAGGUGACUCUUUUACAGUAUGUUGAUGAUCUACUCUUAGCAACAUAUAAUCCUGAGGACUGUGAACAGGCCUCCGAAGCCUUGCUAAAAGAGUUGGACCUACUGGGGUACAAGGUCUCCAUGAAGAAGGUACAGAUUGCUGAGAUUUGUCCAUAUUUGCAUGGAGCUCUGUUCCAGUGUGGGAACUUUCUAAUACAGUCUGCUGCUGCCAUGGUCGGUUGCCCUUGGAUCCUCGGCACCAGUGUAUGGAUAUAAAGUCAUCAGGUACCUCAGCCUUCCAGGGGCUCCUUUAAUGUCUUCUUCUAGGUAACUGAUCACCAUAGACCCAGGGACACUCAAUUCAUCCUGGAGGGUGGUUAAUCAUCAUGAAUAAUCAAGACACUGUGGUCGCGCUACUGCAAGAGUGCAAGCAAGUACUAGACCAUCUCUUGUUGGAGACACCAGAUGUGUCCUCAAAGGACAAGAGCGAGGACCAGAGAUGCAGAGCUUCGCUCCCCAGUGAGUUAAGGACCCUGAUCCAGGAGGCAAAGGAAAUGAAGUGGCCCUUCGUGCCUGAAAAGUGGCAGUACAAACAAGCCGUGAGCCCAGAGGACAAAACAAACCUCCAGGAUGUGAUUGGUGCCGGGCUGCAGCAGUUACUGGUAGGAAGAGCCAUACCACCUGUCCCUCUGACAUCCCCUGCUGCCUUGCGGGCCUCAAUCAUCGCCCAGGAUUGUGCUGAUGCGGCAGCGAUAGUGUUCUUGAUGGACCGGUUCUUGUAUGGAGUUGACGUCUCUGGAAAGCUCCUGCAGGUCGCCAAAGGCCUCCACAAGCUGCAGCCCAAAACGCCCAUCGCCCCGCAGGUGGUUAUCCGCCAAGCCCGGAUCUCGGUCAACUCAGGGAAACUCUUGAAAGCAGAGUAUAUCCUGAGCCGUCUGAUAAGCAGCAAUGGAGCAACGGGUACCUGGCUGUACAGAAAUGAAAGUGACAGGGUCCUGGUGCAGUCAGUCUGUAUACAGAUCAGAGGGCAAAUCCUGCAAAAACUAGGCAUGUGGUGUGAGGCAGCAGAGUUAAUAUGGGCCUCAGUCAUAGGAUACUUGACCCUCCCUCAGCCAGAUAAGAAGGGCAUUUCCACAUCACUAGGUAUCCUGGCAGACAUCUUUGCUUCUAUGAGCAAGAAAGAUUAUGAAAAGUUUAAAAAUAACCCACAGAUUAACUUGAGCUUGCUCAAGGAAUUUGACCACCAUUUGCUGUCAGCAGCUGAAGUCUGCAAACUGGCAGCUGCCUACAGUGCCUACACACCCCUCUUUGUGCUCACGGCUGUGAAUAUCCGUGGCACGUGCUUACUGUCAUACAGUAGUUCUCCUGACUGCCCUCCAGAAAUGAAAAGUAUGUAUCUAUGUGAAGCCAAAGAGGCUUUUGAGAUUGGCCUCCUGACCAGGAAAGAUGACAAGCCGGCUAGUGGGAAGCAAGAGCUACACAGCUUCAUUAGAGCUGCUUUUGGGCUUGCCACAGUGCACCGCAGACUCCAGGGGGAGACAGGUGCAAUCUGUGCAGCAAGCCAGCUAUGCAUCAAAGCUAUGGGGAAACUGCAUACCUUCAGCACUUCCUCCUCAAGUCAAGACAGAGAGACCCUGUCUCGGGAAAUCAUGUCUCUUGUCAGCCAGGUGAAGGGUCAUUUAAAAGUUCAAGGCUUCUCAAAUUUGGAUGAGAGAUCUUAUGUUCCAGAAAGCUUCAAAUGCAGGUUGGAUAAACCUAUCUUGCACGGGCAACUGGAUUUCCAAAAAAUUCUUGAAACCUAUUCACAACAUCAUACUUCAGUGUGUGAAAUAUUUGAAAACAUUUGUGAAAACAGCAAAAAUAAACAGAAAGACAUGAAACCCAAAGUCUGUAUCACUACUCUGAAAACAGAAACAAACACCAUAGACACUACGAGUGCUACUCAGGAGAAACCACGCUCUCAGGAAAGCAAGGAGAAGCUUUCCGUCCACACGGCUAAGAAGGAGAAACUGGGGAGGGUUAGGAGAUGCUGGACUGGUUCUGACAUAUUUCAAGGCUCUUCAGAUCAAGAUAAAGAAACUGAGGCUGAGCCACCACAGGACAGCAAUAACAGGGCAGAUGUUUCAAGCAAGUCUCUGAGUGAUAGUCAGAGUUCCAGUACUUGGAGCAAAUUAUCAAUGCUCAGUUCUUGUACAAGCUGGGAGGAAGUGAACCAUCAUGUCCAGGGCAGGUCAGCCAGAAAAGAAUCUAGCCAAGAAAAAUAUCUUGUGGGCACUCAGUGUUCCACUGGCCUGUGUGAGGAGCUAAAGAACGACAGAAACUGCAGGGCUGUGCAGACCAGUUUGUCAUCUUCAGAGCUCCACAGUGUCUCUCUUCAGGCAACUGAAGAUCACAAAUUAGCAUCUUCCCAAAGUCAGUUACACAAACACAUGUCUUCAGUACCCAGCCUUCCUUUCAACACAACAAACACUUGCUCGGCCUCUGAUGCCAGGCUGUUAGAAGAAACUCCGGAAGGAAUCCAGGAAGUUAGAAGCGCAGGAACUAGUAUGUCAACUCACUCAAGUCCCUCGUGUAGUUUUGCUUCUUGGUCUUUAUGUGGUUCGAGUAAGCUCAUGGACAUGGCCACAUAUCCUUCAGUCCAAGAAGAAACCUUUGAAAAAACUGGUAAUUUUCCAGACACCAACUAUGACGUCAGCAAUGGGCAUGGAGGAAAGCAUGGAAAAGAAUUCAGUGACAGAGUCACAGGCCCUGCGUUUACAAAUAGCCCUGCCUGUACAGACCCAGAAGGAGGAACAGCAGAAAGCACAGAUGUGCAGUCACACUCCCAGGUAGUCAUGGGAGGUUUAGGAAGCCGCUGUUCCGAGUUGCCAUGCAGCUCUUUCUCUCCUCACUGGCCUCUUCAAAAUCCUGAUUCAGCAAAGACUGGCAGCUCAGUCAACUAUCAGAGCAUCGACCCUGAUGCCUCUACAGUGGAUGAAGGGGAACGACUGCUUGACAGCUCAGAGUUCUACUCCACUAGCCCACGUGGCUUUCAUAGACCCGGUGCUCUGAGGCAGCAACCAGGUCAGAGAACCGAGAGCCCAGGUUCCUCUCUACAUGCUCACAGUCCCUUCGUUGACCUCAGCAAGGACUGUACCACCACAGAGGAGGGAAACCAACUUGGAAGCAUGCUGAAGCACAGUCAGAACAGCUCGUCCUCACUGCGGCGGCUGAACCCCGCGGCGUUUUCCAGCAGCUCUGAGGGAGAAAGCUCAUGGUCUCUCCUGAAUUCCAGCAGAAGUUCUUUUGUCUCACUGCCAGGACAGUCCAGGCAAGAGAUCCUUGAAGCUCGCAUUCUGCAGCCUGAUGACUUUCAAAAACUCCUGGCAGGAGUGAGGCACGACUGGCUGCUUCAAAGACUGGAGAAUACAGGCGCUUUUAAGCCCAGUCUACUCCAACAAGCACACAAUGCCCUUUUGCUAAAAUAUUCCAAAAACUCUGAACUGUGGACAGCUCAGGAAACUGUGGUAUAUUUGGGGGAUUACCUGAAAGUAAAGAAGAAAGGCAAACAGAGAAAUGUCUUCUGGGUCCACCAUCUUCAUCAAGAGGAAAUUCUGGGGAGAUACGUUGGGAAAGAGUACAAGGAGCAGAAAGGGCUCCAGCUCCACUUCAGCGAUGUGGAGCGACAGAUGACAGCACAGCACUAUGUGACAGAAUUUAACAAGAGACUCUACGAAGAGAAGAUUCCAACACAGAUAUUCUACAUCCCAUCUAAAGUAUUACUGAUUCUGGAAGACAAGACGAUAAAGGGAUGUAUCAGUGUGGAACCUUACAUAUUGGGAGAAUUUGUAAAACUGUCAAAUAACACAAAAGUGGUAAAAACAGAAUACAAAGCUACAGAAUAUGGCUUGGCUUAUAGCCACUUUUCUUAUGAGUUCUCUAAGCAGAGACACGUUGUGGUUGAUUUACAAGGUUGGGUGACUGGUAAUGGAAAGGGAAUCAUCUACCUUACAGACCCUCAGAUUCACUCUAUUGAUCAGAAAGAUGUCACCACAAAUUUUGGAAAACGAGGAAUUUUUUACUUCUUUAAUAACCAACAUGCAACCUGUAAUGAGAUAUGCCAUCGUCUUUCUUUGACUAGACCGUCAAUAGAGUAACUGAGUAAGACAUAGGCUGUGGGUUGGCAACAUGACAGGCGUUUGAGAAUAUCAGACUCUGCCUCCUUCCAGCACAUGGAAGAUGGGACAAGCUGAUGUGCCUUUGGGCUGAAAGGAAUUUGACAAGUGUCAGAUGCAGUGUCACAUUCUUGCAGGGCAAGACCCUGCAGACCUUCUUUCCCUCUGCCCCAAAAACAUGUCACAAGGAGGUCCUGCAACUGCGCACUCUGCUGGAGUUUCUAAGUUGCACACUAAAGUCGUCAUGGAAGGUCCCUAACCAACCUACAAUGCGUACGACACUCAGCUGAGAAAUUAACUUUUGUUGUUUAAGCCACUGGGAGUUUUGCUUGCUUCUUUGUGUUUGUUUUGUCAUUAUCUAUUAGUGGUAUUAUUGGUGGAUGUAAGAGUUCCCUGUACAUUAAAAAAAAUGCAGACUCUUUUGA